AAAAUAAAAAAAAAAAAAAAUUAAGGCUGUGUUUAACUUCAACACAGACGGAGAUUUUUUUUUGUUUAUUUCAGCAGGUGCAGUGGUAAUCAUAAGAGUCGGCCGCCACGCGUCGGUUGGUGAAUCCCUCACCCGCCGCCCUCUAAAUACACGCUGGGUCGAGUUGAAAGGGAAAAAUGUGAGAAGAGAAAAGAAUGGGCGGCGGGGAGAAGUUGAAUGACGGAAAUGCCCCUCUGAAGGCGCUGAACCAUGUGUCGCGCGUGUGCCGGUCGGUGGAGAAAUCGGUGGAGUUCUACACCAAAAUCUUGGGCUUCGUGGUGGUGGAGCGGCCAGAAACGUUCGACUUCGACGGCGCGUGGCUCUUCAACUACGGCGUGGGCGUGCACUUGGUGAAGUGCAGGGAUGAUGAUGAAGAGAAGUUGCCUGGGGACGCCAAUCGCCCAUUGGACCCCAUGGAUAACCAUAUUUCCUUCCAGUGUGAGAAGAUGGAGGAGAUGGAACAGAAGCUAAAAGAGGGCGGCGUGAAGUACAUGAAGAGGACGAUUGGGGAAGAGGAAGGGGCCCCCAUCGACCAGUUGUUUUUGAAUGACCCUGAUGGAUUCAUGAUCGAGAUCUGCAACUGUGAGAAUCUCAAGCUGCAAUCUUCCCAACCAAUUAAGCUUCCUUCUGAUAAGCAUAAUCCCCCUAUUGAGCUGACCAAGACUGAUGAGAAAGGAAGAUGUUAGUUACAUGCAUGAGAUUUUGAAGAGGAAGAUAAAUGGUAAACAAGAGAGAACUGAUGAAAGGUUCUCUGUUCUUUAUCCAGAUGUUAUCCGUGUAAGGCUCUUUUUUUUUUUCGUCUUUCAUCAUUUAAUUCCUUUCCAACGAUGAUGGCAAGAUUGUAUGUACCACUGCGUUUGUUACUAUGUAUAAUUAGUAUAUAUGAGAAGGAUUUUAGAAAUAUCAUAAUUAAAAUUCAAAUUUAGUGGAUGAACAGUCUUGGUAUAUGCAUGACAUGAUUAGCUGAACACGCUGACUGCACAUAGUUUAACUGACAAUCUUGUUACAAUCUUCUUUGUUGUUGUGGAAUGUAAUUUAGAACAUCAUUUUGGAAUGUAAUUUAAUUACAACAUCAUUUGAG